AUGGCAGCAGUCGUGAGCUGGUACGGGCCGCUGAUCGACCUGUCGGCGGCCGCCGGCCACGUCGGUGGAUUCGUACAGCUCCUGGCGUCCGUUCGCCGUGUCCUUCCCCACCAGGAACAAAAUGCCGCGACCGGAAGGACGUAUAACAGAGUUAUUCUAGAGGUUGGUGACGACACGAGGUCGAGCUUCUCCGUCUCUCUAUGGUCCAACAAUACAAGCUCGACCAUAAUCGCUGGCGAUGUUUUACUGUUGCAGAAUAUUAAGAUAGUAGAGUUUAGAAAUGGCUUGGAGGGAAGAGCUUCUCAGAUGUCUGCAGUCCAAAUUUUGAUGAACUCUAAAGAUUUAGUGCAACCUGAAGGAAUUGACGAAUUCAUAAUUAAUUGCAAAGUCGGGAAUGCUACAAGAUCAAAAUUAAGAAGAGUGUCAGAGUGGAUCGUACACACCAAACGUACUCGUGCGGAAAAUCAUCAGCAGGUGAUGUCGAAGAAUUGGAAAGAAAGAAUGAAAAAUGAUUCGACAGACCUCUUGUCCAUCUCAGAACUACUACCUCAGAGCAAACCAUGUAAUUUGAAUAUUUAUGCAUCUAUUGGCAAAAUUGUGUUAAUGGGUUCUCUUGGCCUUGAAAUGAAGGGGCAAUUAUCAGUCAUUGAGAAACAUUCCUUGAAUGGACAUAAUGAUAUUGUCAGAGAUUUUAUUACUACUGGAUGCAAGUUAUGUGGUUUACCUCUAUACCAAAAAAAUCUUCAUGGAGGCAGUACUUAUCCAAUUGAUUGCCCAGAUAAUCCAAAGUAUCUCCAUGUUGUUGGCCAGAUAUAUAAACCAUUCAUGAUCUAUGUGCAAGACCAAACUGGACAAGUUCCUGUGGUUGUGAAGAAUAAAGUUGCAGAGGCUUUAUUUUCUAAUAUUAGCGCAGAUGAUGUGUCCGAAUGCUACAAUAGCCGGCACUGCAUGCUGGUAGAUACUUGUGAAUCUGGCAGCUCAAGCACUUCCGGGAUGCUAGAUGGCACUGGCAAGAUAGGCAUUGCUAAAAGGAAGAGAACCAAAAGAAAGCUUGAUUUUCAUCUUAUCUGGCCCAUUCUUAUGAAAUGCCUGCUGAACCAAGGCAAGAAUAGUCCAUUCUGCUUCCAGAUUUCAGUCAACCCCGGGAAAAAUGUUGAGGAUGGACGAUUUGAACUGGUUUCUUUGACAAUGCCAAUACCAUGA